AUGUCAACUGAACGUUGUCGACCAAUUAGUGUUUCCAAUACUUCUACUACCUCUACCUCCGCCACAACUACUUCUGAGGAAAUUAAACAAGGACAAAAAGUUCAAAAAAACCGAUCAUCUAUCCCAAUAUCAGCAUCUUUAUCAAUCUUAAAUACAGCCACUAUUAUACAAGAACAUGUAAAAUUGAUUAGUUCAGAUGGAUUUGAAUUUUUGAUAGAAAAAGAUGCUGCAUUUGUUUCACCGACUAUGAAAAAUAUGUUAUCAGAAGCACAACAGAAUACAAUCCAUUUUCCUGAAAUCAAUGAAAGAGACAUAAGUGACAUACCAACAUUCGAUAUUGAUCCUUAUAUGGCAUUGGAAUUACUUAUGGUUGCUGACUUUUUACAAUGUUAA